GAAGGCUUCAGCACAUCCUGUUUUCAUGAGCACCAUACAAAUAUCUGCCUCCCGAGCUCUACUACUCUUCACAUGCCUUCUCCUAUUCGAUGUUAGCAGAUUAGCUUCUGCAAGAUGUCGGCGUUUCUCUUGUGGACCUCUGCACGACAUCGGUUAUCCCUUCCGCUCGGAGGGCAAUCCCGACAAAUGCGGCGAUCGUCGAUUUCAGCUUGCCUGCGUGGAUGGUAACAAGACUGUCUGGGAUAUCCACCGACCCGGGACGUACUACUACUACAUUACCGACAUCACUGAUUACGAUUUCACAGUUGUCGAUGCCAACUUGGCCAACGGCACCUGCAGUCUUCCCUUGCAGUCUCAUUCCCGCUCCGCCAUCGAGAACAUGGGAUUCCGUGCAGAAUAUUUUUGGUGGGCUACCUUCGUGAGCUGUAGGAGGAUGAUAGUAAACAGCACAUAUAACCCCGUUCCUUGUUUGAGCAAGACCGAUGCAUUUGUGUAUGUUAUAUUUUCUCGGAGGGCGCUUCAUUUGGACUAUGCGGAGCGUUUUUGUAGCUUCUUAGCUAUGACUCCGAUUACCUAUGAUCCAGAACGAAUGGAGCCGAUGAAUGGAAACAUUGUCACUCUGGUACCGGAGCAUCCCACAACAGACGUCUUCCAGCUCCUGAAGCGCGGAUUUCCUGUUUCGUUUUACGCAGCAGGUCUUGAGGAUUUUUUCGGCUUUUCUGGUUGCCUAAAAGAAGCUGUAUGGAGCUUUUGGACGAAUAUGUUCGGAAGUGGGAUUCUCUCUCCGAGAUUCUUCUUUGCUUCCAGUGGAAUGGCUUUGAUAGAAUGUAUGGAAUACAGUCACAAACGCCUUUCACAAUGGGUUUCGGUUCGCUUGAUGGCAUUAGAUUCUACUGUACAAAUUUUGACAGUUCUCUCGGAACUGGGCAGAUUUGUUAUUGCGCCGUUGGCAAUAUUCUUCUUCCUGGCGCACAAGUUGUGGAGAGAAAAGAAAUCGGUGGACGCGGUCGAGAAGUUCCUUCGAAGCCAGAGGGCGCUUGCGCCGACAAGGUACGCUUAUACCGACCUCAUUGCGAUCACGGGCCACUUCAGAGAAAAGCUCGGCCAAGGAGGAUACGGUUUCGUAUCCAAAGGCGUUCUCCCCGGCGGCGUUCUUGUAGCAGUGAAGAUGCUGUUAAGCAAUUCUAGAUGCAAUGGGGAAGAGUUCAUCAACGAGGUCUCUACCAUCGGUAGGAUCCACCACGUCAACGUGAUAAAGCUCGUCGGGUUCUGCUCCGAGGGAUCGAAGAGGGCCCUCGUCUAUGAGUACAUGCCUAACGGAUCGCUCGACAAGCAUAUCUUCUCUGCCAAUGUAGUCGCUGGUCGGCGAACAUUCACGUGGGACAAACUCAAUGAUAUAGCUUUGGGAAUCGCCCGUGGCAUCAACUACUUGCACCAGGGAUGCGAUAAGAGAAUUUUGCACUUCGACAUCAAGCCACAGAAUAUCCUCUUAGACCGUAACUUCACUCCGAAGGUUGCGGAUUUCGGGCUAGCAAAAUUGUACCCAAAGGACACCAGCCUCGUGUCGAUGAGUACUACUAGAGAAACAACAGGAUACAUUGCACCUGAAUUGAUUUCGAGGAGCUUCGGCGUUAUAUCUCACAAGUCUGAUGUCUACAGCUUCGAAAUGCUACUGAUGGAGAUGGCGGGAGGAAGGAGGAAUGCUGACCGACGAGCAGAGAAUUCAAGCCAGGCCUAUUAUCCUUCAUGGAUAUAUGAUCGAUUAACCCUACCUGAAAUAAGUGAAAUAAGCACCACUUUUGAUAUUUCGGAGGGGGAGCGAAAGUUGUGCAUUGUUGGAUUGUGGUGUAUUCAGAUAAGACGCUCGGCUCGCCUUGCCAUGAGCAAAGUUAUAGAAAUGCUAGAAGCGAAUGUGGAAACACUUGAAAUACCGCCGAAGCCUUUCUUUUCUUCAGAAGAGCCGAUCCCUAUCAUUAGCGUAAGUUGCUUGGGUUCUUCCUCAGAGCUCCCUGCCAUCUCAGAAGGUGAGUGAUGAAAACUUAAACAGAAAUUUAUUCAGCAGCAGUAAAGACAAACAUAUAGACAGACAGAUAGACAAACAGACAGAUAGAUAA